GACAUGAUGGAUGUUGACGCCGCUGCUCGGUUUGCUGAUCAUCGCCCACCUUAUCGACGUUUGACUCCUCCCCCUGUAGCUGAUGCCCGUACUAGGGGUUACUAUCCUCCUCCCUCACCUUCUCGUGCUGAACCUGCCUCUGCAUAUGAUGUCGACGCCGACAGACGUUUCCCACCAGGUGAUAGGCGUGACUGGCAGUUUGACAGGCGACGCGAAUGGAGUCUGGCAGAGGAAGACAAAUCUAGAAGCGCAUGGCGUUCCUGGGACAGAACUAUGGACCGAGACCGGUAUGAGCGCGACGUGCCCCCUGUUAGGGGCAGUGGAUGGGAAGCUCGCGAAGAACGUGACCGAAGACCAUACUACCCUGGUUCUCCCCCAUCGACACGGUCUGUUGACGGCUCACGUCCACUUAGCUCGCGAUUAACCGAAGGUGGCUAUCCUGGUCCAGGUGAGGAACGUGGUUAUCCACCACGAGAUUUAGAGCGCUCGCGAUAUCCUCCGCUGCCUCUUGCCACUUCUCCUCCACCUUUCUCUCGUGUAAGAGGACGUAGUCCCAGUCCUGUCAGACGAGGAGAGGAACUGGCGGCGACCCCCCCUCCCAGCAGCGGUGGCAGCUUCUAUGAUUCAAGAGUGGGCCCGCCCACACAAUUCAGUGCUGUAGGUCAACCUGGUGGCGGUCCACCGCUUGACAGAGACUAUGCAGGUGCGAGGGAUAGAACCUCUGAUUUAGUUGCAUAUGGGUCAUCCUCAUAUGACCGAGAUGUGAGGCCCGCCAGAUCGCCGCCACCAUCGAGGAUGCCUCCCCCGCCUCCGCCCUAUGCCAGAAAUUCGUACAACCCAAGAGACGAUAGGAGGUAUAUGCCUCCGCCUCCCCGAACUAGUUAAAAUAUAGUGUGAUCAUCUUUCAUAGCAUUUAUAGCUUUUUUGAUUUGAAAACCAUGCCAACAUACUUUCCUUGAUAUUUUCCAAACGUGUCCAAAGCUUGCUUGAGAUCUACAGUCAAACUUGAUAAGAAUUUUAUGUAGGGUGAAUAGCGCUGGCGUAGUAGUGCUUUGUAUAUGUAGAUCCCUUGGAAAAGAUAUGGACAAUAUAUAUACAGAUUGACUUUUUAUGGA